AUGUCGGCAACACAACAACUACAUACAUCGCUACUGCGCGCACCUAUCCUACACAUACUCCGCGCCCAAGGCUUCCACUCGACGCGACCAUCAGUUCUAGACACUCUAGUCAACAUCACCGAGCGCUACCUGAUGCUACUUGCCGAAACAACCAGAGAUCAUGCUCUACUCAACCACAACGACCCCAUUCCAACCAUCACUGAUGUCCGCAUGGCAUUGACCGACUGCGGCACUCUCACUCCCGUCCUCACAGCUGCCGAACAAGACUGGCUAGAAAAGUUCAGACGACCUCUAGAAGACUUCGACGAUCUAAAACACGGCGAUAUCAGAAGAGAAGGAGAGCUACGGCGACGCGAUGAACAAGAUACCCAAGAUGUUCGCGACUUCAUCAAAUGGGUCGUUGGCGACCAGAAUCGUGAGAUUCGUCGCAUCGCUGGUGUCUUGCCCGAACCUGGUCCUGGAGGCACUGUCAAUGGCGAGGACUACUUGACAGUUCUUAAGAAGAAGCACAGCAAGACAGGAGAAGAGUCACGAUUCCAGGGUACUGUACUCGGAAAGCCAGCUGAGGACAGACCUCUAAAGAUCGAAGGCGGCCCAGUCGAGAGUUUGACCGAGUGGAACAACCUCAUGCACGAUCAUUCUGAGCACCAACUACCGACUACGAAAGAUGCUGCUGAAAGCCCACACGAAGCCGAGAUAGACGAACAGCAACUGUUGAUGGAUGUGUCUUGA